GCGCCUCUGUGCCCGUCGCGAGGCUGGGUCCGGCUCCGGCCGGGGGGCUGGCGGCGGUGCGAGCGCGCACGGCGCGGCGGGCUCGGGCGGCGCGGGGGCUGAGGCGCGCUCCGCUUGCGCCGGCCCGCCCGAGGAGGCCAGCGAGGCCAGCCCGGCCAGCCCGGCCAGCCCUCGCGGCGCAUCCCUCGGCAGCGAGCUGGCGGCGGAGCUCGCGCUGCCCCCGUCUGCCCGCAACUGGUGGUCCCUCAGUCGGCGCGUGGGCCUCAGCAGGAGCGGGCGCGCGCACCGCCUCGGCCUCCGCACCCCGUCCAGCGCCAGCUGCGCCAGCUGCCCCAGCUGCGGCAGCACCAACCACCUGGGCACCCACCUGGACCUGGACAGCGGCCGCCGGGGGUCGCAGCGCCACGUGGUCAUCGUCGUGGACGUGCUCAAGAUAUGACGCCGCGGACCAGAAGCGGAAGCUGUUUCACAGCUCCGUCUACGACUACGAGCUGCAGCUGAAGAAGCUCUACAUUCAGAAUUGCCACCGCCUACCCGCCUACGGCUGCAAGGUCUACCCCGUCAAAGAGCUGCUCCGCGGAGGGAAGACCAAGAAAAAGGCCGCUCGCCUGCUGGCCCUCGGUCCGGAGAAGAUCGUGCUCCUGGACAACAAGACCAAGAUCCUUGCCAAGUCGCAGGAGACUACAGAUUUGGUUCAGUGGCGCACGUGCGGCGGCCGCUCCCAUGACCGUCUCCAGCUCGAGUUCCGCGCCACCCGCUGGUCGCUGGUCGUGCCGACCCAAACGGACAUGCGGGACGUGAACAAGGCGCUGUGGGAGAUCCUGCAAGAGCUCGACAGCCACUUCCUCGAGGACCACUCGUUCCUCUGCCCGACGGCGCAGGCGGGCGUCGAAAAGCGGCCGCUCUUGCCUCCCCAAGUUGAAGAGCUGGAGACCUUGCAGAAACUCCUUCACUUCCCCGAGGAGGUCGCCCUUCGCCUCGGCGACACCGAGUACCACCUGUUCUACCAGGUGCAGCCCAUCGACUAUCUGCGCCACGUCACCCUCGACCUGGGGGUGGCCGGCGGAGGCGGGGGCGGGCCGGGGGGCGGGCCAGGGGGUGGCGCCACGGCGGGGGGCGCGCAGCCCGGCCACGACGACAACAAACCUUCCGUGCGGACCCUCAUCAACCGCUUCAUCCAGGUCUCGUCAUGGGUGACCAACCUCAUCAUCUGCCAGCCGACGCACGAGGAGCGCAAGGCCUACCUGUCGUGCAUCCUGCGCGUCGGGCUGUCCUGCUGGAACAUCGGCAACUUCAACGGCGCCAUGGAGAUUGUGGCUGGCCUCAAGUCGGACAAGCUCAAGCCGUUCUGGCUCUCCAUCACGGAGAAGGAGUCGCUCCCCGUGCUGGACUUCCUAUCGGCCGCGCUGCUCUCGGCCGAGUACGAGCGCGCGCUCCACCGCGCCCUGGCCAUGCCCGAGUGCAAGGUGGUGCCCUUCUUCGGCGCCUUCCUGCGCGAGCUGCGCGAGAUCGUCCAGGACACGCCGAGCCUGGUGGUGCUGGCGCCAUCGUCGGCGUCGCCCUCGCCGACGGGCGGCUCCUCGGGACCGUCCGGGCCGGCGGCCGGGCUCGGGGCGGCUGCCGGGCCCGUGGGGGCGGGCGGUGACGCCGGCGCCGGCGGCCGACUGGAGGUGAGCGACCAACACCCGCCCGCCAGGGCGACCGCCUCCACCUCGACCUCCACCACCACCACCUCCCGGCACGGUGCGGGGCUGGGCCAGGGCCAGGGCCUGCAGGGCCUCGGCCAGGGGCACGGCCAGGGCCACGGCCACGGCAACCGCGGGCACAAGCAGAAAGAACGGCCAGUGUUCAUCUCGGACUACAACGGCGAGGACCACUUCUUCACGCGCAUCGGCCACGGCGGCCUCAUCAACAUCGACAAGGUGUACCGCACGCAGGCCGUGAUGGACCGCAUCGCGUGCUUCCACCAGCACUACCACGCGCGCCACCGCGACCCGCCCGCCAACGCGCGCGACGCGCACCGCGACCACCUCAGCAUCCACACGGCCUCCAUCGAGCGCGGCUACCUGGUGGACGACACCGAGGACCGGCACUACGCCCUGGAGCUGGACACGUACCGGCCCGUGCAGCCGCUCGCGCACGACCACGGCGUCUCGCUGUUCCCCAUCUCCAGCUCCGGCAUCGACCACCACGUCCUGCAGAUCCUGCACCACGGCACGACGUGCGUGCACUGGGAGUCGGACUACAACCGCACGGCCCUGGUGUACGUGCGCCUGGAGCGGUCGUGCGCCACGCUCACGUGGGGCCGGCCCGCCUGGUCCGGGCUCAGCAAGGCGGGUGGCUCCGGGGGCAGCUCGUCGGCCGCCGACUACCAGCUGUCGGCCAACCCGGAGGACACGGUGGCGCCGGGGCUGGCCACCAAGCUGCUGGCCGCGCCGGGGGAGGUGGCGGGCGUGUCGCUCGAGGAGGGCUACUUGGACCUGGCCGCCGUCAAGGAGAUCGCGCUCGGCGUGCGCGACAAGGACAAGGAGCCCGACAUGAACAACGCGCUCAAGCGAUACAACAUGGAGCGCAUGCAGCCGCAGGAGUGCUGCCUGGCGCUCGUGUUCGGCACCAACCUGUCCGACAACCGGGUGCUGUACCUGCUGUGUCCGCCGCAGCUGUGCCGCAUCUGGUACCAGGGCCUGAGCUGGGUGGUGCGCGGCCUCAAGCGGCAGAUGCAGCUCACGGACCGGCGCAUGCUGUGGCUCAAGGAGCAGUACCUGCAGCUCUACUUCGACGAGAACUGCGUCGGGCCGCUGGUGGCUGACGCGAUUCGGGUGUUCGGCGGCCGCGACUGGGCGGCGACGACCAACGUGAGCCGCAUGUCGCCGCCGGACAACGGCACGCUGCGGCGCGGCGCCUCGAUCAAGUUCAAGAAGAAGAAGUCCAUCAGCAACAUCCCCGUCCUCAAGGACCUGAGCCUGAAGCAGGCGUGCGACAUCGGGGACGGCGUCAUCGGCUCGCACCUGCGGCGCCCUGGCGCCGGGUCGAGCGGGCCGUCGCCCACCCCGGGCACGUCGCCGGCCAUCGCGCCGAGCCGCUCGCGGUCCAUCUCGAGCGACAUGGAGGUGCGGCCGGGCGUGCACGGUGUGGUGCUCGGCGCGGUGCACGGCGUCGGCGUCGUGCCCAGCCCGCAGGGCUCGGCCGACAACCUCGACAAGAUCUCGUCCAGCAGCCCCACGCACCACAGCCUGCACCGGUGCGCGCAGGGCAAGGGCGGCGCGCCCGGCGGCGAGCCUCUCUGGAGGCACUUCCGCGGCUCCAUCACGCACGAGACGCAGCUCGACUUCGCCGACUACGUCGGGCUGUUUCGGUCUUUUAGCCUUCGCGCCAGGAAGGACCUCCGGGACCUGUUCGACAAGCACGCCGUGACCUGCCGCUCCAUGUCGGAUUCUUCACUCAACGACACGAGCACCAAAAGCAGCCCGGAGCACCAGCCCAAGCCGCCGCAGAGGAUAGGCCUGCUGACGAGGAACACCUCCCUGGACAUGGUGGAGCUCAAGAGCUUCACGACCUCGCUACAGAAGAAGAAGAUUUACGACGCCAUCGCGGCCGCCUCCAUCGUCUCGAACUGCGCCGGCGUGGAGACCUCGAAGAGCCAGGUCGUGACGCUGGCUAACUUCAUGAAGUUCCUGGAGUCGGAGCAGCUGGAGCAGCGCGCCGAGGACGAGGGUCGCGAGCUGAUCCAGCGCCACGAGCCCGACCCGACGCUGCGCUCGCAGUGCUGCAUGUCCUUCGAGGGCUUCGCGCGCUUCCUGAUGGACAAGGACAACUACGCGUUCGUCAACGAGCGGAUGGCGCCCGACGACUCGGACAUGGAGCAGCCCAUGUCGCACUACUACAUCGCCUCGAGCCACAACACGUACCUGACGGGGCACCAGCUCAAGGGCGAGUCCUCCGUCGAGCUGUACAGCCAGGUGCUGCUGACGGGCUGCCGCUGCGUCGAGCUCGACUGCUGGGACGGCGACGACGGCACCCCGCUCAUCUACCACGGCCACACGUUCACCACCAAGAUCCCCUUCCGCUCGGUGGUCGAGGCCAUCAACAAGUCGGCCUUCGUCACCUCGCCCUACCCGGUCAUCCUGUCGAUAGAGAACCACUGCUCGCUCCCGCAGCAGGCGCGCAUGGCGCACAUUUUCCAGUCGGUGUUCGGGGAGAAGCUGGUCUCCAAGUACAUGUUUGACACCGACUACACCGACGAGCCGCUGCUCCCCUCGCCGUCCCAGCUCCGCUACAAGAUCCUCAUCAAGAACAAGAAGCUGUUGGUGGACGUGCCGCUGCCGCUGGGCCUGCCCCGCGGCCACGCGCCGCCCCCCACGCAGCACCAGGCCGGGGCCGGGCCGCACGCCCGCGGGGCCUCCACCAAGCAGCCCAGGGCCUCCUCCAUCAUCUCCAACACCUCGGGCGGCUCCACCAACGACUUCUCGGACGACGACGACGACGACGAUGACGACGAUGAUGACGAGAAUAUCGAAGGAGGUCCCGGGCCGCCGCGGACCGACUCGGUGUCGAGCCACGACAGCACGCUCCAGACGCUGCACAAGACGGACGUGAUCAUACCGGGCGUGGGCGGCCGCAUCGACUGGGGCAUCCCCACGGAGGACGAGUUCGGGCCGCAGAAGCUCAAGAAGCAGUCGUCGCAGAUCGCCAAAGAGCUGUCUGACCUCGUCAUCUACAUCCAGGCCAUCAAGUUCCGCGGGCUCAACACCAUCAGCCCCAACAGCUCCAUCAAGAACAAGCCCAAGCCGCUGGCCGGCAGCAUGGCCACGGCCAGCAUGGCGGCCACCAAGAUGAUGCAGAAGGCGGCGGCGGGGCUCGCGACGCAGCCCACCCUGGCGCUGGCCACGAGCGCGCCGGGCACGCCGCCGUCGGGCGGGCAGGCGCCGCAGGGCGGGCUCAUGGCCGGGGCCGUGGCGGAGCUGCCCGCGCCCACGCGGACGGGCCGCGUCAGCCCGUACCACCCGUGCUACCAGUGCAGCUCGCUCAACGAGAACAGUGCCAAGAAGCUGUGCCGCAAGCAGCCCAUCGCCGUCCUCGCGCACACGGAGACCCAGCUCAUGCGGACGUACCCGGCCGGCAUGCGCAUCGACUCGUCCAACUUCAACCCCAUCGUGUACUGGUGCUUCGGCAUCCAGAUGGUGGCGCUCAACUACCAGACGGAGGACCUGCACGUCCACCUGAACCACGCCAUGUUCGAGCAGAACGGGCGGUGCGGCUUCGUGAUGAAGCCCUCGCUCAUGUGGGACCGCUCGCACAUGAUGUACCGCCGCUUCAACCCGUACGACAAGGAGUUCGACGGGCUGCACUCGUCGCACGUGUCGCUGCACAUCAUCUCCGGCCAGUGGGUGUGCCCCAACCAGCUGCUCACCAGCGUGUUCGUCGAGGUGGAGGUGGUGGGCAUCCACGCCGACUACGCCAAGCAGCGCACCAAGGUGGUGCAGCGCAACGCCCUCAACCCCAUUUGGAACAACGAGUUCACGUUCCACAUCAUGUUCCGCGAGCUGGCCUUCCUGCGCUUCACCGUGCAGGAGGCGGCCACGAGCCACGUGCUGGCGCAGCGCGUGGUGCCGCUCAAGUGCCUACGGCCGGGCUACCGCCACCUGCGCCUGCGCAGCAUGCAGAACCAGCCGCUGCCGCUGUCCACCCUCUUCAUCUACUCGCGCACCGAGGAGGAGAGCGUCGACUACAACGGCGCCGCCAUGGAGGACAGCGACGCGGCGGCGGCGGCCGCGGCGGCCGUGGCGGCGGCCAAGGGCGGCGGCGCGAGCGCGCUGGCGGCCGCGGGGGCGGGCACCCUCGCCAUGCUGCCGCGCCGCGAGGCGCCCGAGGAGAGCAAGAAGGCCGCGCCCCUCGUGCCGCUCAAGCGCAGGAUGUUCUUCCUCAUGGUGCACGGCGUGGUGCCGGACGAGCCCACGAUCCUCAAGAUCACGCAGGAGUCGACGACGCAGGAGGUGGUGAUGCAGGCGCUCCAGAAGGCCGGCCUGGGCGUGGACAAGGUGCAGGACUACAUCCUGGUGGAGGAGGUGGCGCGCUCGUGGGAGAAGAAGGGCAAGGACGAGCCGGCGGCGCAGCGCGUCCUGGACGUGGCGGAGCGGCCGCUGCAGGCGCAGGCGGCGUGGCAGGGCGAGGGCCGCUUCCUGCUCAAGCGCAUCGGCGACGACCCGAGCAGCCGCGCCUGGCUGUCGUCCAUCCGCAGCACGGCGUCGGGGCGGCGCACGGCCGCGCCCGGGGCCGCGGGGCCGAGCGGCGGCGAGAGCAAGACGGAGAACAAGACGUGGGACGAGGAGGAGAACUUCAUGGUGUGCGUGUACAACGUGUCCCCCGAGAUCCCCUACGCCAUCCUCAAGGCCCCUCGGACGGCGUGCGCGCAGGACGUGCUGGCGCAGGCGCUGGUGAAAGCACGCCGCCUCGAGAACCCCGCCCGCUUCGUGCUCAUGGAGGAGCUGGAGUGGGGCGUGGCGGGCGCGGCCGGGGGCGCGCCGACCAAGCAGAACCGCGUGCUGGCGGACGAGGAGAACGUGUACCGUACGCAGGCGCACUGGGAGACCAUGGGCCGCUUCAUCCUGCGCGACCGCGACGAGGUGACCCCGCAGGCGUCGCGCCGGCACCGCGUCGGCCACAACAUCCGCACCGCCACGCAGAACAUGGUGAGGAAGGUGCUGGACGAGGCCAGGUCCACGGCGGCCGGCGUGGGCACCCGGGAGAAGGUGCCCGUCCAGGAGGUGCUGUCCGACCCGACGGCCCGGCCGAGCGCGCGCGGUGCUCGCGGCGGCAGCGCGGGGGGCGCGGCCAGCGCGGGCACCAGCCGGGCGUCCAGCCUGGCGCAGCGCGGCCGCGAGGUGCACUCCGAGGGGGAGACGCUGAGCGACGACGACGGCCGCGACGGCGACCUGCGCUCCACCGUGUCCAACCUCAAGAAGAUGUCGCUGCGCAAGCUCAAGGUGUGGAAGUCAUAGCCCGAGCCUGCCUCCGGGGGCGCCGCCUCCACUUCCUCGACGGCCAGGCCCAGGGCGUCGCUGCCUUCGCAGCAGACGGUCCUGCGCCGGCUGUCCUGGUUCUGGAAGUAAGCGCGGGGAGGGCCAGCUGCACUUC